AUGGAUUUCCCUCGAGAUGCGUAUUAUUUACCCUGCUACGUUCCCUGGUACUCUCCUCAAUACCAUUCUGGCGUAUGGUUUCCCCCUUAUUAUCCAUCAUAUGUCCAGCAGCAAGGGCCUGCCGAUACAGAGCUCCUUUCCGUUAGUUCUCGUGCGAAAACUCCUUUGCAAGCCUUGGAUGUUUCAGAUAUUCCUCCUAUCACAUCUCAAGAGCUUCAACAAUUGAAUCCUCAAGAUUUUGAGUGCAAUCUUAUGAAUGCUCGGUUUUUUAUUAUGAAAUCUCAAUGCGAAGACGAUGUGCACAAAUCAGUCAAAUAUGGAAUUUGGACAAGUUCGUAUGAAAACAAUAACAAAAUGAACCAUGUUUUUAGAGAAGCAAAUGGAAUGAUGCCGAUUUAUUUGUUUUUUUCAGUUAUAAAUUCAGGAAUGUUAGUAGGAUGCGCAGAAAUGAUUUCAGCCGUUAACUUUACUGCGAGAUUCAAUGGAUGGUACCCGAAUUUCAGCAAUUUGGGGUAUUUUGGUGUAAGAUGGAUAUUUGUUAAGGAUUUGCAUGAAAAAAGACUGAAACAAAUUAAGUUAAAUUAUAACAAUUUUGAUUCAAUACCAGAUUCUGAAGAAAUCUCAGUGAAAUUAGGCUGCAAAAUUCUUAAGGAGUUUACAAAAUUGAGUAAGUAUAAAAGUCUUCUUGAUGAUUUUAGCUACUAUGAUAUGAAGGAAAGGCAAGUUCUUUCAUAUUUGUAG